GGCCGCCCCUGGGCGUGAAGUUCCCGCCAGGUCGGAGCUGGUGCAAGCGAUGUUGUUGGGUCCGCAGCGGCGGUGAGGCGAGAGGAGCGGUCCAGACUCUUCCAGCUUGCCGACGGCGCCGGGUCCAGGGUGCAGCCAUGUCCGCCGGCUUCUCCUUCGGGACCGGGACCCUGGGCUCCACCACCGUCGCCGCCGGCGGGACCGGCACAGCCGGCGGCUUCUCCUUCGGGACAGGGGCAUCUAGUAACCCUUCUGUGGGGCUGAAUUUUGGAACUCUUGGAAGCACUGCAACUCCUGCAACUACAUCUGCGUCUUCAGGUGGUUUUGGAACUGGGCUUUUUGGAUCUAAACCUGCCACUGGGUUCACUCUAGGAGGAACAAAUACAGGAAUAGCAACAACAAUUUCUACAGGAUUAACUCUGGGAACACCAGCCACUACAUCUGCAUCUACAACAGGUUUCAGCUUAGGAUUCAAUAAGCCUGCAGCAUCUGCCACACCAUUUGCUCUACCGAUUGCUUCUACCUCAGCUAGUGGUCUCACUCUUUCAUCUGCUCUGACAUCAGCUCCAGCAGCUUCCGCGGGAUUUACUCUGAAUAACUUGGGUGGAACAACAGCCACAACUACACCUGCGUCAACAGGCCUUUCUUUAGGGGGAGCCUUAGCUGGCUUAGGAGGUUCGCUUUUCCAGAGCAACAAUACAGCAACAUCAGGACUUGGACAGAAUGCUUUAGGCUUGACUUUGGGAACUACUACAGCUACUUCAGCUGCAGGCAAUGAAGGCCUUGGUGGUAUAGAUUUUAGUGGCUCAUCAGAUAAAAAAAGUGAUAAAACAGGAACAAGACCAGAGGAUAGUAAAGCACUGAAGGAUGAAAAUCUACCUCCUGUCAUCUGCCAGGAUGUUGAAAAUCUCCAGAAAUUUGUGAAAGAACAAAAACAGGUCCAAGAAGAAAUUAGUAGAAUGUCUUCAAAAGCGAUGCUUAAGGUGCAAGAAGAUAUUAAAGCUCUAAAGCAGCUUCUGUCCUUGGCUGCCAGUGGACUGCAGAGGAACACUCUCAAUAUUGACAAAUUGAAAAUAGAAACUGCUCAGGAGUUAAAAAAUGCUGAAAUAGCUUUAAGGACCCAGAAAACACCACCUGGACUUCAACAUGAAAAUACAGCUCCUGCUGACUAUUUCAGAAUCUUGGUUCAGCAGUUUGAGGUACAGCUUCAGCAGUACAGACAGCAGAUUGAAGAACUAGAAAACCAUCUUGCCACUCAAGCAAAUAAUUCACAUAUAACCCCUCAAGAUUUGUCAAUGGCUAUGCAGAAAAUUUAUCAAACAUUUGUAGCUUUAGCUGCACAACUUCAGUCUAUUCAUGAAAAUGUAAAGGUGCUCAAAGAACAGUACCUUGGCUACAGGAAAAUGUUCUUGGGUGAUGCUGUAGAUGUGUUUGAAGCCAGGCGAACAGAAGCCAAGAAGUGGCAGAACACACCCAGAGUUACUACAGGACCCACCCCUUUCAGCAGCAUGCCAAAUGCAGCAGCCGUUGCCAUGGCUGCAACACUUACACAGCAGCAACAGCCUGCUACAGGGCCACAGCCAUCUCUGGGAGUUAGUUUUGGAACGCCUUUCGGCUCAGGUAUUGGCACUGGCUUGCAAUCAAGUGGCUUAGGUUCUUCAAACCUUGGAGGAUUUGGAACUAGCUCUGGUUUUGGAAGCAGCACCACAGGGGCCUCCACAUUUGGAUUUGGAACAACAAAUAAACCCUCAGGAAGUCUUAGUGCAGGCUUUGGCAGCUCAAGUACAUCUGGGUUUAACUUCAGCAAUCCUGGCAUCACGGCGUCAGCUGGUUUGACAUUUGGGGUGUCCAAUCCUGCCUCUGCAGGUUUUGGAACAGGAGGACAACUCCUUCAGUUGAAGAAGCCACCAGCUGGAAACAAAAGAGGAAAAAGAUAAACACCUGGGUUGAUGUGU